AUGGGCCACUUAGGAGCAGAUAGGGUACUAGAACUUGCCCGUGCUCGGUUCUAUUGGCCGCACAUGCAGAGAGAUGUAGAAUCUUACAUUUCACAUAAAUGUCGUUGUGUGAAGCAAAAAGUUCCUACUUUCCAAACUAGGGCACCAUUACAGUCCAUUGCAACACCUGCUCCAUUCCAGAUGGUGUCUUUAGACUUUGUUCAUCUUGAGAAAAGUAGCGGCGGUUAUGAAUAUAUCUUGGUUAUAAUGGAUCAUUUUACCCGUUACGCACAAGCCUAUGCAACCCGAAAUAAGUCAGCUAAGACAGUGGCGGAAAAGUUGUAUAAUGACUUUAUUUUAUCAUCCGCAAGGUAAUGGUCAAGUGGAACGCUUCAAUCGUACCCUCCUUGCCAUGCUGCGAACCCUAACGGAAACGCAAAAAUCACACUGGAAAGACCACCUCCAGAAAAUGGUACACGCCUAUAAUUGCACGCGUCACGAGUCAACAGGAUUCUCGCCAUUUUAUCUCUUAUUUGGCAGACACCCUCGUCUACCUAUUGAUAUGAUCCUAAACCUGGAGAGCGAGUCAAAUGAGUCACCUAAUUAUAGAGAGUAUGUUAAACAACUGGAGUGAAGCGAUGCUGAAGCGUACAAGAUUGCAAAUGAAAAAAGUUCACAAAGUAGAGCGAAAGGGAAAAAGCUAUACGACCGUCAUAUCCGUAGUUCGGAGUUACGACCGGGGGAUAGAGUUCUUGUACGAAAUCUGAGUAAACGAGAUAAACCUUGCAAGCUGCAAAGCCAUUGGGAAGACAAGAUACAUGUCGUGGUCACCAGGAGAGGGGAAGAUAGCCCAGUCUAUACUGUUAAACCCGAAAGUUCUGAUGGCCCGAGUAGAACUCGUCAUCGUAAUAUGCUGUUACCGUGUAGUUCACUUCCCGUGGAUGUGUACACGUGA